UCAAACGGAAAGAUGCAGCCGAAGAUAUUCUUCUUGCUUGCGCUGCUGAUGUACACUUCGACGGCCGACGAUUUCGAGGAUCAUUUUAAAAACUGUCAUCCUAAUAUGUUGGGUUUCGACGUCUGUAUACGAGAAGGAUUAAAUGCGAUUCGACCUUAUUUCAAAACCGGUCUGCCGAAAUACAAUGUGCCCCCGUUUGAUCCGUUUUUUGCCAAAGAGAUAACGGCCACGAGAGGGGUUACAAAUUUUGGCUUUACUUUAAUUCUUCGAAAUGUCACUGAAACCGGAUGGUCCAACAGUAAAGUGACAAAAUUCACCUCCGAUUUAAAAAACAACAAGGUUGUGUAUACGCAAAGUUUCCCGGAAAAAGCGUUGACAGGUAAUUACGAAUUUAAAGGCGCACUUUUCAGCUCUUCUAUUGCUAACAAAGGAAGAUUUACACUCACUCUGUAUGAUCUAAUACAAACAACCACUGUGACCAAAGUUCCAGGACAGAAAGUGCGCGCCCAGAUGGAUGUUCAGAUCAUUAGAGAUUUAAAACUCCACAUUACAAAUCUUGUAUUCGGCAGGGAAUACAUCGAAAAUAUGCUAGAUAGAAUAAUCAAUUCUGCCUGGCAACCGGGUUUCGUGAUCACGAGACGUCUGAUCAACGAACUCGUUUCGACCGCUUUUACGGAAAUCUUCGACAAAGCCUUCCGCAAUUUUCCCUUCGAGCAGAUAUUCAAACAGAAAUUGUCUAUAAAUUAGAUCAAUUACAGCUUUGAAGUAUUAUUAAAGCUGAAUCGAUGAAACACAUAUCUUCAUUAAUAAAUAAGAAAGUAAAUUAUUUGCCAGUUCAAAAACAGCCCGUGGUUACAUAAGAAAGCGAAAUUUAUUUAGAUGGAUUUUGUGAA